ACCAUCUCCAACACGGAGGGCAUCAACAGCGUGGUGAAGCCCGACACGUACAAGCCAGUGCCGGAUGAGCCCCCGAAUCCCACCAACGUGGAGGAGACGCUGCAGCAGAUCCAGGCCAAUGACGGGGCUCUGGAGGACGUCAACCUCAACAACAUCAAGGACAUUCCCAUUGCCACGCUGAAGGCCAUCUGCGAGGCCAUGAAAACCAACACCCACGUCAAGAAGCUCAGCCUGGUAGCCACCCGCAGCAAUGACCCCGUGGCCAGCGCCGUGGCUGAGAUGCUGAUGGAGAACAAGACCCUGCAGAGUCUCAACAUCGAAUCCAACUUCAUCACCAGCACCGGCAUGAUGAGCAUCAUCAAGGCCAUGUACCACAACACCACCCUGAGCGAGCUCAAGGUGGACAACCAGUGCCAGCGGCUGGGUGACACGGUGGAGAUGGAGAUGGCCACCAUGCUGGAGCAGUGCCCCUCUGUUGUGCGCUUUGGCUACCACUUCACGCAGCAAGGCCCCCGCGCCCGCGCCGCCAUCGCUAUCACCAACAACAACGAGCUCCGUCGCAAGCAGAAGAAAACCUAA